AUGUCGAAUCAAAAAUCAUCAGAAAUUUUUAUUACCACUACUACUAACAAAGACAACAAUAAUGUGAACAGUAACAAUGAUAAUUCUGCAACAUUAUCGUCAUCCUUGACAUCUGAACAAAAAAAAAGAAUUGAAGAAAAUCGACUAAAGGCAUUAUCAAAACUUCUUCCAUUAAAGAAAUUUCAAAAUUAUGCAGAAUAUGAUUUUUCUAAAAUGGUUGAUACACGCGGUGGUUUUUUGGCUGAAGAGGAUGAUGAUGAAAAUAAUUCCAAAAAAAAACGUAAAAUAAAAGACCCUGAACCUGAAUUAGAUCCUUAUUCAAUGUAUGGACCAAACCCCGAUGAAAUACCACAUUGUAAAGAAUGUAGUUCAAUUGAGGUAGAUCUUGAUUUCAACAAAGUUUUUAAUGUGAACGUUUGUAAAUCAUGCAAAGAUAAGUUUCCUGAAAAGUAUAGUUUAAUAACAAAAACUGAAGCAAAAGAGGUUGAAGAAUAUGCAUUCAAGAAAUGGGGAGGAGCGGAAGGACUUGAUAAAGAAUUUGAAAAACGACAAGAAGAAAAGAAGAAAAAAAAAGAUAAAAAAUUUAAAACAAAACUUGCUGAUCUUCGAAAACGCACAAGAACAGACUCGUUAAAUAUUGGUAAGAAUAAGCCACAUAAACAUGAAUUUGGUCAAGCCGUCACUGAUUCAAAAACUGGUAAAACAACACAAUGUUGUAGUAUAUGUGGGAUUGUGAUUGAAGUUGAUUUAUUCUAA